AUGGAGUCCAGCAUGCAACCAGAAUCAACCACCGAAGCCAUGUUGUUACAGGAGCCGAGGAAGGCCCGUAGUCACCUCAGGCUGACUGCGGUCCUUGCAUCCCUUUUCUCAACACUUUUCAUCUCGGCGCUUAACGUCACUAUUGUUGCCACCACUAUACCAACGAUUACUGCUGAUCUUCGUUCGGCAGCAGGAUAUCCUUGGAUAGGCGGGGCCUUUACUUUGGGAAAUACGGCAUUUUUAGCCGUAUGGGCCAAAUUAUCAGAUAUCUGGGGUCGGAAGCCUAUCCUUCUAACUCUUGUAGCUCUCUACUUCUGCAGUUCAAUCAUUUGUGCAACUUCCAAAUCUAUAGGUAUGCUUAUUGCAGGCCGCGCAUUACAAGGCAUGACUUGUGGCGGCAUAACACCUCUUGUUAUGAUUACGAUUUCAGAUAUAUUCAGUAUGAGGCAAAGAGCGCUGUAUCUUGGAUUUCUACAGGCAACAUGGGCGGUUGCAGGGGGCGUUGGUCCUGUCCUUGGUGGCGCAUUGACGCAGUACGUUUCGUGGAGGUGGAUAUUUUGGAUCAAUCUUCCAGUUGCUGGAACAUCCUUCAUCCUACUGUUGCUAUUCCUGGACGUUCAUAACCCUCGAACUCCCUUUAUGGAAGGUAUCAAAGCAGUUGAUUGGUUUGGAAGCAUUGCUAUUAUCGGAGCUCUCUCGAUGCCAUUACUAGGUUUGAAUUUUGGGGGAGAGCUAUUCCCUUGGAACUCUCCCAGAGUUAUCUGUCUAAUUGUGUCUGGAUGUACAAUGCUUGGAAUCUUCGUUUUUAGUCAGGCACGGCUAUCAAAAUAUCCGCUGAUGCCGCUGAAACUAUUUCAACGCAAAUCCAAUGUUGCUUGUGUGGUUAUUGGGUUUACACAGUUAUCUGGUGUCCAAGCAGCCGAAUUUUACCUCCCUCUUUUUUUCCAGUCUAUAUGGGAAGCUUCCCCUACUCAAUCCGGCGUUUUUAUACUUCCUAUGACAAUUACAGAGAGCAUCACAGGAAUUAUUUGCGGUUUGGUAAUUCAUCGCACUGGUCGAUAUAUAGAAAUUAUUCGAGUGGGAACCCUUCUAUUUGCACUUGGCAUUGGGCUACAUAUCCACUUUAGCGAAAGAUCAUUUCUUGCUGAAGUUGCUGGGAUAGAAACAAUUGCAGGUAUUAGUGCAGGGAUGCUUUUUGAUCCCCCAUUACUCGCUUUACAAGCUAUGGUAUCUCAGGAUGAUACCGCAACUGCGACUGCAACUUUUAACCUGCAUCAGAACAUAGGCUCCUUCAUGGCUACCGUGCUAGGAGGCGUCAUUUUCCAGAAUGGUAUGAGAAUGAGAACCCCAGCAUUGAAAGAUGCGGGGUUACCAGAGGCGAUUAUUGAGCGACUCGCUGGUGAUGCUGCCGCUGCCAACGUGGAUGUUAUCAAGGAAAUCUCGGACCUUACUCAAAAAAUUGUGGUGAAAAGAGCCUUUGCAUCUAGCCUUCGGUAUAUCUGGAUACUAGCCUCAUGCCUAGCAGCCAUCGGUGCGCUUGCAAGCCUCUUGGUAUCGAAGCAAGUUCUCAACACAGAACAUGUUGAAACAGAAACCGGUAUUAAGAAGAAAGAGCCGGUUCGUGCAGAACUAACCACACUCCAAGAUACCAGUUGA